CCUGAAGAGGACCAGAAGCUGAUUUAUUCUGGGAAGCUGCUGCUUGAUCAUCAUUGUCUGGGAGAGUUGCUGCCAAAGCAGGGGGAGUUGCAUGCUCUUCAUUUGGUAUACAGCUUCAAGUCUCCUGCAGAUGUGCAAGGAGCCAGUGCAGAGGUUAAGGCUGAUCAGCCAAAGUCAUUGUCAGAAGAUAGACAGGAAUCGCCUGUAUCUUCCUCAGAUGGUGAAAGACUGAGAUGCUCUUCUGGUGGCCAGUCUUUGGCAGAAGAUGGAAACAGGCCCGAAACAACUCGGCAUCCCUUCCAGAGUGUGGCUCCUGGCUUCUCUCCUUAUACGACCUACAGCAUGCUUCAGAUGUCCUGGUUUCAGCAGAUGUAUGCAAGGCAGUAUUACAUGCAAUACUUGGCUUCUACUGCUGCAUCUGCUGACCCAUCCCAUACACGCCGUUCUCAGGAGAUACCUGUGGCACCCCCAGCUCCUCUCCCAGACCCAUUUCCUGCACAAAAUCAGCCUGGAAAUCCGAACCCCGCUGCCCAGGUUAAUGCAGCGGCCAACCAGAACUUGCGGAUGAACGCCCAAGGGGGUCCCCUCAUGGAGGAACAGGAGGAGGGUGGCAAUCGAGACUGGUUGGACUGGCUCUACUCGGCUACGCUGUUCUAUGUCUUUGUCAACAUCAUCUAUUUCUACUCCAGUGUCAGCAGAUUCCUCCUGGUUAUGGGUGGCACUGUUCUGAUGUACCUGCACCAUGUCGGGUGGCUUCCAUUUAGACGAAGACCAGUCCAGCCCUUGCCAGGCAAUGCUCCUCCUCAAGCUGUGAUAAACCAGGACCAGAACAAUAACCUACAGGGGGGAAAUGCUGGCAGAGUGGAUGAAUCUGAGGCGCCUGCUGAUGAGGGACAAGUUUUACAAGAACUGCAGCAGGACAACCCCUCCAUUAUGAGCACAGCAUGGGUAUUUUUCAAGACUUUCUUUGCAUCCCUCCUUCCAGAAGGGCCUGGAGUGACCCGCAACUGA